UGUGAACUCCGAGCCGUGCUCUCUGUUACCCUCCAGAUCCUGGGAAACGUCUCCGAGUUCCAGAGGGUCGUCAACGUGCUGCAGGAGGGCGUCGAUUUUGACAUCGACGUCAACGCGUCCGUCUUCGAAACCAACAUUCGAGUGGUGGGCGGUCUCCUCUCUGCUCACUUGCUGUCCAAGAAGGCUGGUGUCGAAGUAGAGGUGGGAUGGCCCUGUGCUGGACCCCUCCUGAGGAUGGCAGAGGAAGCUGCUCGCAAACUCCUGCCGGCUUUUCAGACCCCAACUGGGAUGCCUUACGGAACAGUGAACUUGCUGCACGGAGUAAACCCUGGCGAGACCCCAGUUACCUGUACUGCUGGAAUCGGCACAUUUAUAGUGGAAUUUGCCACUUUAAGCCACCUUACUGGUGAUCCAGUGUUUGAGGACGUUGCCAGGAAGGCCCUGAAGGCACUGUGGAAAAAUCGUUCAGAUAUUGGGCUGGUUGGUAACCACAUUGAUGUGAUAACUGCCAAGUGGGUAGCUCAGGAUGCUGGCAUCGGGGCUGGAGUGGACUCCUACUUUGAAUACCUCGUUAAAGGAGCCAUUCUCCUGCAGGACAAGGAGCUGAUGUCCAUGUUCCUAGAAUAUAACAAAGCUAUCAAAAACUACACAAAGUUUGAUGACUGGUACCUCUGGGUUCAGAUGUACAAAGGAACAGUGUCCAUGCCUGUUUUCCAGUCUCUGGAGGCCUACUGGCCAGGUCUACAGAGCCUAAUUGGAGAUGUAGAUAAUGCCAUGCGAACCUUCCUCAACUAUUACACAGUUUGGAAGCAGUUUGGUGGACUGCCCGAGUUCUACAACAUUCCCCAGGGCUAUACAGUGGAGAAGAGGGAGGGAUAUCCACUCCGGCCUGAGCUGAUUGAGAGUGCAAUGUACCUGUACCGGGCUACACGAGACCCCACACUCCUAGAGCUGGGAAGAGAUGCAGUGGAGUCUAUUGAGAAAAUCAGCAAGGUGGACUGUGGAUUUGCAACAAUCAAAGACUUGAGAGAUCACAGACUGGAUAAUCGCAUGGAAUCCUUCUUUUUAGCUGAAACAGUGAAAUAUUUGUAUCUGCUGUUCGACCCAGAUAACUUCAUUCACAACGACGGGUCAGACUUUGAUGUGGUGCUCACGCCAUACGGGGAAUGCAUCUUGAAUGCUGGCGGAUACAUCUUUAACACUGAAGCUCACCCUAUAGACCCUGCUGCACUGCAUUGCUGUAGGAAGCGGAAAGAAGAGCAGUGGGAGGUAGAAGAUUUGAUGAGAGAAUUUUACUCCUUGAAGAGAAACAAGAAAUUCUCUUUAAAAAGAGCUUCAGACCAUGGUGAAGGGGAAAGCACACAAGACACUGUAGAUACCUCUUCAGAGAGUGGCAGAGAGCAAAGAAACUCUAAGAAGAAAACACAUUCCCUCCUGAGUUGUCCUAGUCAGUCUUUUAACUCCAAACUUGCAGUCCUGGGACAAGUCUUCCUAGACAACACCUAAUUCCAUUCUUAUCAGCCUAAGUUAUUCAACUUGAUUCCAACUCUGGGUAUAUAUUUUUAUAGGUUCAUAAUGGAAAAAGCCGUACCGCACAAUGUGAACUCUAAAACAGCCUCUUGUUAGUCUGCUACUACUGCUGGAUCAUAAGACAGCCAGAUGAUGAGUUGUUAACACCAUAAGUUGCUAAUGUCAAACCAGUUGUUUGCUAAAAAGCAAAUACAUGUUCAGAAAGAGAAAGAAAAGUCAGCAAUUGGAGAUGCACCUUCUUCAUUUCAUUGUAUGUUUGUUUUGAAAUUUUCCAGCCUUAUGCAGAGUCCACAGCUUAUUUGUCUCCAUAAAAUUGAAUCUUAGCUGUUCCCUGCAUAUAGAGAGAAACCACUGAAUUGUUAGCUCUAGAUUCACUUCUGAGACUACAGGUCUCCUAGGAUAUCCUCCACCGUUGCCACUGGCCUCCA